CAUCUUGGUGUGGAUCAGCCCGGGUCCUGACCGUUUCAUCAGAUAGAACUCGUUUUUAUUACUUUUACUUUUAUUACUUUUACAAAUCAAUCACCAACAAAAUGUGUGUUUUUUUUGGCAAGAAAAAGCUAACAGGAAAUAAAAAAUUUAUAUGAGAGUUAAAGUAGACAAUAUAUUUGGCAGGGUCCGUGUGUGUUCCGGCAGUUUGUUUGAAACAAAAAAUGAAAAAACAAGAGCAGACCCGUCUUUUUGUUUAUUAAACCAAAACAAGAAAUUGGAUAAUGAACUGGUCCGUGUAUUUUCAGGAAGUUUUUUUUUUUCGUUUGAAAUGAAAAAUGGAAAAAGUGCACAAAUCAAAAAUGGAAAAAACAGAUAACGAGCGCUCAAUUUCAAUUAAAUAGUCCCUAAGUCAAUUACGGGCCACUCUUCCUGGUAAGAACAUCAGCACCAUGUUUAACUGGCCAACCUAAAACGCAAUCAGUGAUAAUUGUAUUUUACUGAGAUAAACUUGUGAACAAACAGAGCUCAAACUCUCUUUAAUCUGUGAGUUUAAUCUAGGAAGAUUAAACUCACAGCAACAGAUUGUUGCUGUGGUAACAAAACAAUCUGACUAUGAUGAUUGUUCUUUAAACUGGCCAGUUCCUUAAAAUCUUGCAUUUAAAUGUUGAACAAUAAUUUUAAAAAAAAUUAUGUAUGCCAAAACCAUUAAAUCAGAUUCACAAUAAAUAAAUGUCACAUUUAUAUGUCUGUGUUAAAAUAUUAGCAUUUAUGGGGCCCUUCUAGAGCUGCUGACAUAAUUUGGAUUAAACAGAAGUGCAAAUAAUUGAUAUUCAUUUUAAUUGUAUUUUUUGGAUUUGUUGUUUUAAGACUUGAUAGUUGUGGAUUUAAAUAGCGUUUCACUGGCGAUGUUUUCCCAUAACAUACAACUAACCAAUAAUAUUUUACAGUUCCUGUCAACUUAGCAUCUUUUAAUACAUAAACACAGCUGACCGCAGGUGGACCGCCUCGGCGCCCCGACCACCGGGCUCGGCAAGCUUUCUGGGGGAAACCCUGUUAUCAGAAUCAACAUUCUUGGCCUGUCAGGGUUUAUGAAUAAUUUUGGACUUAGCUGUGUUUUACUGAUCCAUGUUGACAGAUCAGUAAAAUACAACUAGCAUCCUAACUGAAGUAAAAACAACCUCAUUCAGUUACUAGAGCAAGAUAUUUUGGAAACUACGAAUAAUGUAUUUCACAGGACAAUAUGUUUUUCUUUUUCAUUUUCUGUUUCAAAUUUGACAUAUUCACCGUGAAUGGCAAAACUAAACACUAGAAGGACGUAGAGAGCAGACCAAUUAUCAAUAAAAUGUUGCCUUAAAGUGCAUAUGUAGUCUACAUGUAUAUCAGCAAUAAAGAUAUCUCAGAAUAAAAAAAUAAUUAUAUAUAUAUAUAAACUUGAUCAUUCAAUAACUUUUUACUGUAAAAAAUAAAAGGUGAUUCUUAAGAACUGGACAUUUUGAAUGUCGAUCAGUUGACACUGAACUAGUUAUAACUUUUGUAUGGUGAAUAAAACAAGCAACUCGUUGUUAAUAGAAAAUCCCACAGUACGGCAGGAACCUGAAUGCAACAAGCCAGUAUCUGACACAGAAGUUUCAAAUGACACACGAUGAGGAGCGGCGCACAGGAAACAUGGCUGUGUGAAGAAUGGCUGGAACCGGUCUGUAGUGUGGAAAGACAACCUCUCUGCUCCUCUCCCACCUCCGUCAUGGGGACGCGCUGGUCUCGGAGCGGCAGCAGCCUGCCGCUUCUCCCGGAGACAAAGCCAGAGGGCCGGCUAGAAAGACACAGAGAGCCCGAUAACGACUCUCUGGACGGGCUGGACAGGCGAGAGGAUAUCGCCAAGUUUCCGUACGUGGAGUUCACCGGCAGGGACAGCAUAACCUGCCCGACAUGUCAGGGCACCGGGAGAAUCCCUUCAGAACAAGUGAACGAGCUGGUAGCGCUGAUCCCCUACAGCGACCAAAGGCUGCAGCCACAAAGGACGAAGCUGUACGUUGUCCUGUCGGUGGUGGUCUGCCUCCUGGCCUCCAUGCUGGUCGCCUUCUUCCUCUUCCCUCGCUCGGUGGUGGUGGUGGACGCCGGGAUCCGCUCAGUGACCGUACACUUCGAUCACACCGACAAGAAAGUCCUGAUGAACAUGACGAGCACGCUGAACUUCAGCAACCCAAACUUCUUCACUGUGCUGGUGCAGAGCGUGAGCUGCCAGAUCCUCUACAUGAAGACGGUGGUGGGAACCCGGCAGCUGGACAACCCCACCACCAUCCAGCCGCUCAGCCACAGCCAGGUGAACUACACGGUCAGUGUGGAGAUCGGCAGCAAUGCACCUUAUGUCUAUGCCUUCUGCACAAUACCCAGAAUCAAGGUCCACAACAUUGUCAUAUUUAUGCAGACCUCGGUGAAAACGUCAUACAUGGUGCGAACGUCCCAGAACAGCCUGGAGGAUUACCACUACAUAGACUGUGGCUCCAACACCACCCACCCCCGGACUCACCAGUAGCACAACCACGCCCCCUUCAGGAAGGAAGCAACAAGAUAGAUUUUUUGGAUUAGAAAUCCGCUACACACACAAAAUAAAAAAACAAACAAAAAAAAAACAACAACCUUCAAACGAAAUGUUUUGGUUGCUGAGCGUUGCCAAGUUGAACUUUAAUUUUUGAUGAAGUGAGUUUGAUUUUUUUGGCCUUUUUCAGGAAUAUUUAUUUUUCUCUUUCUCCAUUUUCACAUAAAUAUCUAGAAGUGCAGGAAGGGGAUUUGUUUGUCCACAGACACAGUGGUUCACAUGCUGCUGACAACGGAGUGAAUAACUCGCUGACUCACUACCAGACAGCGUUCUCUAUUAAAAGUCACACAAAGCUCUUUAUCUUGUGGGGAAAAUGGCCGACGUUCUCAGACAAAAACUUGAACUGUUUCUGCUGAUAUGAACUUCUGCCACUUCACAUCGUUCUCACUGAAUCCUGCCGACUUCUCUUUUCAGGAAGGAAAUACAAAAAAAAGAAAAAGGGGUAAUUGUUGUUUCUGCUUUCGGUACCAGGCAGUAAUGCUGUUUUUGCAAUUUUGUUGUUCUUGCAUUUAAAUGUGUUUAAAAGGCAUAGAAAUGCUAACUGGAUUGUUUUGUUUUUUAAUUAUUACUUUGAUCUCAGUAAGUCUUUGCACACCAAUUUUAUUGACUCAAAGAUGAUUUUCACAUCAAAUGUAAAAGUAUUAGACCUCUUUUUUUUAAAGGGGCAUUUGUCUAUUUCUAAAUUCUGGGAAAUUUAUUAAGGGACAAAAUAUCCACUUUGGGUUACAAUGUAAAAAGAUUGAAGGGGAUUGUGAAUAAAUAAGAUAAAUAAUUGUCUUUAA